GUGAGUGUGAGGGGCAUGAGUAUGUGUACAAGUGUGCACGCCUUUCUCUCUCCCUUAUUUGUACGCCUUUCUCUCUCUCUUAUUUGUCUCUCUGUGUCUCUCCCUGCACCCUCCCCCUGCCUCAAUUAUAUUAUUACCCCAGACUUGGAAGCUGCUCCCUGAGCUAACGCUUUGAUGGUAUCUGCAAGCAUUUAUGCUGAUCUUAUUUCUGCCCCCUGAAUAUUAAUUCCUGAAGCUGGUAGCAAUACAUCUCCCCAGUGACGGGACCUACUAGAGGCAGGCGGGGGGAGCCACCAUCAGAUCAUAAGCAUAAUAAUACAAAGAGGAGGGAUUCUUCUGCUACCGAGAGGCAAGAGGCGAGAGAGAGGAGAAAAAAAAAAAAAAGCGAUGAGUUCACCAAAUAUAUGGAGCACAGAAUGCUCAGUCUACUCGACUCCUGUGCUUUCACAGAAAAUGACGGUGUGGAUCCUGCUCCUGGUAUCGCUCUACCCGGGCCUCACUAGCCAAAAAUCUGAUGACGACUAUGAAGAUUAUGCUUCUAACAAAACAUGGGUCUUGACACCAAAAGUUCCUGAGGGUGAUGUUACUGUUAUCUUAAACAACCUCUUGGAAGGCUACGACAAUAAACUUCGACCUGAUAUAGGAGUGAAACCAACAUUAAUCCACACAGACAUGUAUGUGAAUAGCAUUGGUCCAGUGAAUGCUAUCAAUAUGGAAUAUACGAUUGAUAUAUUUUUUGCCCAAACAUGGUAUGACAGACGUUUGAAAUUUAACAGCACCAUUAAAGUUCUCCGAUUGAAUAGCAACAUGGUGGGGAAAAUAUGGAUUCCAGACACUUUCUUCAGAAAUUCAAAAAAGGCUGAUGCACACUGGAUAACCACCCCCAAUAGGAUGCUGAGAAUUUGGAAUGAUGGUCGAGUGCUCUAUACUUUAAGGUUGACUAUCGAUGCUGAGUGCCAAUUACAAUUGCACAAUUUCCCAAUGGAUGAACACUCCUGCCCCUUGGAGUUCUCCAGUUAUGGAUAUCCACGUGAAGAAAUUGUCUAUCAGUGGAAGCGUAGUUCUGUUGAAGUGGGUGACACAAGAUCUUGGAGGCUUUAUCAAUUUUCAUUUGUUGGACUGAGAAAUACCACUGAAGUAGUGAAGACAACUUCUGGAGAUUACGUGGUUAUGUCUGUCUACUUUGACCUGAGCAGAAGAAUGGGAUACUUCACCAUCCAGACCUACAUCCCUUGCACACUCAUCGUUGUUCUAUCCUGGGUGUCCUUCUGGAUCAAUAAGGAUGCUGUUCCAGCCAGAACUUCUUUAGGUAUUACCACUGUCCUGACAAUGACUACCCUCAGCACCAUUGCCCGGAAGUCACUCCCCAAGGUCUCCUAUGUCACAGCAAUGGAUCUCUUUGUAUCUGUCUGCUUCAUAUUUGUCUUCUCUGCUUUGGUGGAAUAUGGCACCCUACAUUAUUUUGUCAGCAACCGGAAACCAAGCAAGGACAAAGACAAAAAGAAGAAAAACCCUCUUCUUCGGAUGUUUUCCUUCAAGGCCCCUACUAUUGAUAUUCGCCCAAGAUCAGCAACCAUUCAAAUGAACAAUGCCACGCACCUUCAAGAGAGAGAUGAAGAAUAUGGGUAUGAGUGUCUGGACGGCAAGGACUGUGCCAGUUUUUUCUGCUGUUUUGAAGAUUGCCGAACAGGAGCCUGGAGACAUGGGAGGAUACAUAUCCGUAUUGCCAAAAUGGACUCAUAUGCCCGGAUCUUCUUCCCUACUGCUUUUUGCUUGUUCAAUCUGGUCUAUUGGGUCUCCUACCUUUACCUGUGAAUAGAUAUGGGUUUUAUUGAUAAGGGUCUUAUUCAUUAAAUCUCAUGGAAAGAAGAUGUCCUUUCUAAGUCCACUGAAAUAAUGCUUCAUGUGGUUUAUAAUGAUCUGAAUUUGUUUCUAUGUCCUAACCUGGUAAAUUGUAUUAAUGUCAUAUUGUUUGCGCCCAACUCCCCUUCAAUAAGUGUGAUGUUUCUGUGCUGCAAAGUUGCAAGGCAAAGUGAAAUUAGAGCAAAAACAUUGAAACCAAGUAAGAUAUUUUCCAGCUAUGGCAAUCAAAUAGUAAAAGCCAUGACUAUUUACAGUGGUGGUGUACUUAUUCAAUUCAAAAUACAAUUAGAUGCAAAAGGUCCAAAACUACCCUAUGUUCAUCUGGUGUCAGGUUGUGGUAAAUUUGAUCCCAACAGAAUAUCUCCCUCAUUUGAGACAAAUCACAACUCACUUUAAAUUUAAGAACCUAGACAAUAAAUCUAUUAUGCUUCUAUCGCAAGAUAGGAAGAAAAUUUCCUCCAUAUCACAUGUACAAUGAUGUAAAUAUUUCAAUAACUUAGAAUGCUUCAAGUUUAAUGCAUGCAUGUCUUUAGAGCCAAAAUAAAUGGAUUGAAGUUAACAUCAUAAAGUAUUGUCUUUUAUUCUGCUUCUUUGGGCUAUCAAAGAAUCGUGAAUGUAAUUAUAAGGGUUUGAGUUUGGAAUUAGAAGAAAGAAUUUUCACUACUUUCUCCCUUAUGCAUGAAGAUUGGAAAAGCUUAUUUUUUUUCCAUGUAUGACAUAUUAAAACAUUUUAAGUAAAAUAUAGACUGAAUUUACCACCUCUAAAUACUCCCAAUUUCAGACUAUGAAGUAAUUGUAUGUGCUUGCCGCUAUAUUUUCUUCGUUUUAGAAUGAUAGAUCUUAACAGAAAUUACCUUCCACCUUAAAAUCUGCUUCUAGUGAUUGUGAGUGCCUCAUGGGCAGUAUCCUUGUCAUCCCUUUCUGGGUUCUCAGCAGCUGUAGAGUACCUGGCACAUAGUUGGUGCUCAAUAAAUAUGGUUUGAAGUGAAUUGGCCCCAUAGGCUUCUGGUGAAACUUUCUGUGCUGGCCUGGAACCAGUGAUUCAUCUUUUCACAUAGGCAUUGUCAAGUGAUAUUUGAUCUUGAAGAAAUAAAUAGAAGGAUCCAAAGAACUCUGGCAAUUUAUAUUCAUUAUCAAAAAUUUAUUUUAGCCAAUGCCCAUACUCCUUUAAAAACAAUAGCUAUGUCCUAUAUUUGUAUACAAAAAUGAGUCUACUAGAGGAUGAUUAGAGUUUGUGUACUAUUUUUCUAGGUUUGGGAAUGAAUCAGCUUUGACCUCCCACAAAAGCGCUUGAGGACAUAUGACAGGCAUAAGCAAGAUUCACACUUGAUUAGUGUUCAGAAUGUAGUAUUAUAUGCUCUGUGAAAAGAAAAUAUAUCUAUACUAAAGAGAUUAAGUUUUAGAAAGAUGAAAGAACAAAUGACUUACAAGGAGGUCGAGUCUAUGACUGUAGCCUCAUUCAACUAUACUGUAAUCACAUGAAGCAGUUGUUCAAGACUUCAAAAAAAAAUGAGUUGGGCUCCAUCUUCAUGUACUCAUCUUGAAUCCUUAUUUUUCUAAAAUAGCACCCUUUGUCCAUUCUUCUUUAUGGCAAUCGUUGCUCUAAGUCAGAAUUUCAUCGCAGCUAGUAAAAUUUCAUAGACAACCUAAAAAGAGUAGAAAAGAAGAGAGAAUGACUUUGUUUAUAUAAAUCCACAUAAAGGCAUCAUCAAGUCAUCUGGACAAAUCUUGAAACACAUAUAGCUGCCAAUUUUAUAAACCUUUAAUAUAUCAGUGCUCUAGUAUAUAACCUCAAACACAUGUAAAUAGAAUUAAUUAUUUUCUUGUUUUGAAUUGUUAUUAACAUAUUAAAUAUUGACCCUUUGGGAGAGUUGUUGGCAAAUUUUCAAUGGUGAGAAACAUGUUAUUAUUGUCAACUUGAAAUGUAUUCCGUAACAGGGAUACUCAAAAAAGCUAGCUUUCCAAUGUGUGCAUAGUAUUGGCAAUAUGAAUAUAUAUUAUAUAUAAUCUAAUUAUUAAUUACCAGUUGCUCCCUGUCUAUGUAUUUGAAAACCUUUUCACAAAGGGAAUUGCCUAAUAUGUGGACUUUUACAAUAAAAAUGCUGCAUUCUAA